AUGUCGCCGGCCACGCGACUGCGGGAGCUUUUGGCAGAGGCACGCCGUGACGGCCAUUGCGAGCUGAUUCCAGCCUGCCACGAUGCGCUUUCGGCUGUGCUGAUCCAACGAGCUGGAUUUCCGAUAUGUUUCAUGAGUGGCUUUGCAGUCAGCGCGACUCAGCUUGCUUAUCCGGAUGUUGGCCUCAUUUCCUACGCCGAGCAGGUGCAGGUCGGCUCCAACAUUUGUGCGGCCGUUGGCUCCAGCAUGUGUGUGAUCGGCGAUGGAGAUACCGGAUUUGGCGGCAGCGGCAACGUUCGGCGAACCAUUCGGGGGUACGCAGCAGCAGGCUUCGCAGGCAUCACCAUCGAGGACCAAUGCUACCCAAAGCGAUGCGCCUAUGCAAAGGGCCUGGCUGUCAUCGAGCGGGAAGAGGCGUGCCAGCGCCUCGCUGCGGCGCUCGCAGCUCGCGAGGAGCUUCGAAAGGAAGGCCAGGAUCUGGUGAUCAUUGGAAGGACCGAUUGCCGCCAUGCUGCCUCCAAUGGUGGCUUUGAGGAAGCACUCGCAAGGUGUCGAGCUUUUGCGGAUCUCGGUGCAGACGUGGUGGCUCGGCUCGCAGUUUCAGGUGUAUGCUGA